AUGGUUUCCGCCCCAGAAUCCGAAGAAUACUACUCUGUGGACCACUCGACUGUGCUUCCGGAGCCACAAGCUUCGUAUUCUUCUGAGGCACCACCGGCAAGAAAUCUCGCAUCCUUGGUACCAGCCAAGUUCUUGACCUCAUUUCUUCAGAAUCUAGACGACAAUGAGAUAGAACAUGUGGAGUAUUUGAAGUAUAAACAAGAUUUAGAAAGAAAAUUGACGGCUACGUCUGUGAUAGGCUUAGGAUUCACUUUAAUGGGUGUGCCGUUCGGAAUUUCGUCUACUCUCUGGAUUUCUUUGGUAGACGGAGGGAACGUAACUAUGUUGUAUGGAUGGGUAACGGUGGCUAUUUUUUCAUUAUGUGUUGUGUUGAGCUUGAGCGAAAUAAUUUCCAAGUAUCCGACUGCUGGAGGAGUGUACCAUUUUAGUGCUAUUUUAAGUAAUGAAAAGUACUCUUCAAUUAGCUCUUGGUUUACUGGAUGGCUCUUAUUAAUCGGAAAUUGGACUUAUGCUGUCAGUAUCAUGUUCUCCGGUUCCCAAUUUAUACUAUCUAUAUUUGGUCUUAAGGGUGUUUACUAUACAAAGGAUAUUUUUAUGGUUUUAGGGGUUUAUUUGGUUUUGUUGCUAGUUAGUGGAUUCAUCAAUUUCAAGUUCUCCAGACACUUGGAAAAGAUUAAUAAGGCAUGUAUCUACUGGUCCAUAUAUACAGUUUUGGCUAUUGACUUCCUUUUAAUAUUUUUUGCUAAGAGAACCAACUCUAUCAAGGAUAUUUUGACAAACUUUGAUAAUUCGCGAUCCGGUUGGCCAGAUCCUUUAGCCUUUAUGGUUGGCUUACAAAGUUCUUCCUUUACCCUAACAGGAUAUGGUAUGCUCUUUUCUAUUACGGACGAAGUUAAAAACCCAGAGAGAAACAUGGCAAAAGGCGCUGUUAGCGCUGUUUUCCUUGCUUCAAUUACUGGACUUAUAUUUAUUCUUCCAAUUCUUACCAUCUUACCUGAACUCACAUUGCUUUUAGAUAAGACACCAGAAAUGAUGCCUAUUGACUUGAUUUUUAACAUUGCUACCGAAUCUUACAUUGUUUCGUUUUUGCUUGUCUUUCUUUUGAUUAUUACAGUGGUUUUUCAGUCUAUCGGUUCAUUGACGACUGCCUCAAGAGCCACAUAUGCAUUUGCAAGAGAUGGAGGACUUCCAUUUAAAAACUAUUGGGUUGAGGUUGACUCCAUCGAGGAAUAUAAGAUUCCAAAAAAUGCCUUAUUUUUAUCACUUGGUGUUUGCGGAAUCCUCUCUUUAUUUUCGCUAGUUUCAGAAUCAGCUUUCAAUGCUUUCUUAGGAUCUUCCGUAAUUUCAUUGUCACUAGCCAACGGAAUACCUAUUUUAUGUUUAAUGAUGAACAAGAGACGAAAAAUCAAGGGAGCAGCCUUCAGGUUACGAAAAGCUGGAUGGGUUAUAAAUUGUCUCUCGAUAUUCUGGGUUGCGUUUCUGUCUAUAGUGUUGUGUCUUCCCCCUGUAAUUAAAGGUCUUACCUGGUUUAGUAUGAACUACGCCUCAGUUAUUAUGGCUCUUUUUGUCGCCUCCGCAAGCGUGGCUUACAAAACAUGGGGUCGAAAGAGCUUUGAGGGUCCUAAGAUCGAUACAGAUUAUUUUGAGUUGCAUAACAUCGAAGCUGCAAGAAAUAACCUUGGAACAGCAGAUAGCUCUUUCAUCAUUGGGGUUGAUGAUGUUGAUGACGAUUAUGAUAGAACUGCAGUGCAAUCAUCACUGAGUGGGCUUCCAAAUAAAAAUCAUAGAGAAGAAUGGGAAAGUUUAUCUCGUGAAGAUCCUAUGGAAAUGUCAACUGCAAGUGACAGUGAUACACAAGUCUGA